AAAAAGAUAAAAUAAAUAGCAAAAAAACAUUCAUCGUUUAGGUCUCUCUCUUUCUCUCGUCUCUGUUCCGACGACGAUCGCUGAAAUUACUAUCGCCGGAUUAUCCGUUUACCUCCUGAUUCUCGUUUGAUUCGUUAGGAGAUAUAGCCAUGAAUCCUGAAUAUGACUACCUGUUCAAGCUUUUGCUUAUUGGUGAUUCUGGUGUUGGAAAAUCCUGCUUGCUUCUAAGGUUUGCUGAUGAUUCUUACCUGGAUAGCUACAUCAGUACCAUUGGUGUUGACUUUAAAAUCCGCACAGUUGAACAGGACGGAAAGACAAUCAAACUCCAGAUCUGGGACACAGCAGGCCAAGAACGUUUCAGGACUAUCACCAGUAGCUACUACAGAGGAGCUCAUGGGAUCAUUGUUACCUAUGACGUCACGGACCAAGAGAGCUUCAACAACGUCAAGCAGUGGCUGAAUGAAAUCGACCGUUACGCCAGUGAGAAUGUGAACAAGCUACUGGUUGGAAACAAAAACGAUCUCACUUCACAGAAGGUUGUAUCCACUGAGACAGCUCAGGCUUUUGCAGAUGAACUGGGGAUCCCUUUCUUGGAAACAAGUGCUAAAAAUGCAACCAAUGUUGAAGAAGCGUUCAUGGCCAUGACUGCUGCAAUCAAGACCAGAAUGGCCAGCCAACCAGCUGGAGGUGCCAAGCCACCGACGGUCCAGAUUCGCGGACAGCCAGUGAACCAGCAAUCAGGCUGUUGCUCAUCUUGA